AUGCUUGUAAGAAGCGUAAGAGCGUUUUCCGCCGGUAGGGCUCUAUUUAUUAAAGCCGAUCCUGCUAAAGCUGCUGCAGCAGCUACUGCCUCGGCUACUUCGAUCAGUCCCGACCCUAUUUCAUCGAAGACUGCACUUGAGUAUGCCCUGUCGUUAGAUGAACCUUGCCACAGUUGGACCAAGGAACAGUUAUCGUCUAUUUACCAUACUCCGUUGAUUGAAUUGGUUCACAGUGCUCAAUUGCAACAUAGAAAAUGGCAGGAUCCUUCUAAAGUGCAACUUUGUACGCUAAUGAACAUCAAGACUGGUGGCUGUUCCGAGGAUUGUAAAUACUGUUCCCAAUCGUCUCGUAACGAUACUGGCUUGAAAGCUGAAAAGAUGGUGAAAGUCGAUGAAGUAUUGAAGGAAGCUGAAGAAGCCAAGAGAAACGGUUCCACUAGAUUUUGUCUAGGUGCUGCCUGGAGAGAUAUGAAUGGUAGAAAAUCUGCCAUGAAGAGAAUCUCUGAAAUGAUUAGCAAAGUUAACGAAAUGGGUUUAGAGACUUGUGUCACUCUAGGUAUGGUCAACGAAGAACAAUCAAAGCAACUAAAGGAAGCGGGUCUGACAGCAUAUAAUCACAACAUUGAUACUUCAAGGGAGCAUUACAAAAACGUUAUCACCACAAGAUCCUAUGACGAAAGGUUGAGCACUAUUAAAAAUGUUCAAAAUUCUGGUAUUAAGGCAUGCACUGGUGGUAUCUUGGGUCUUGGUGAAACUCGUGACGACCAUAUUGGAUUCUUAUACACUUUGUCUAACAUGUCACCUCACCCAGAGUCAUUACCAAUCAAUAGACUUGUUGCCAUCAAGGGUACUCCAAUGGCUGAAGAGUUGGCUAAACCACAAACUAAGAAGCUUGAGUUCGACGAAAUUGUGAGAACUAUCGCUACAGCUCGUAUCGUUAUCCCACAGGCAAUCAUUAGAUUGGCUGCUGGUCGUUACACAAUGAAGGAGCAUGAACAAUUCCUGUGUUUCAUGGCCGGAUGUAACAGUAUCUUUACCGGUAAGAAGAUGCUGACCACAAUGUGUAACGGUUGGGACGAAGACAAGGCGAUGCUAACUAAAUGGGGUUUGAAGCCUAUGGAAGCUUUCCAAUACGAUGCUCUUGAGGAGCAAAGAAAAAGAAGACUGCAAGAGGCAGCUGCAUAA